CGACAGAAGAAUUCAAGUAAACGACAAAAGUCUUCCUACGUGUCGUAUUUAAUCCACGCAAGUAUAGUUAAUUUGUCGUGUGCUGAUCAUGAGGGGAUAUGAAAGGGAAUGAGGGGCGCGGUCAUGAAGGCGCAAAGGACAGAAACGCUCAGUAAAAAAUCCUCCCUAAGUGGAGGGGAUAAGAGACGUUAGACCCUGCCUGUUGAUUCGCAGUACCCAUACUCAUCAGUAACAAACACGUCGUAUACAGAAUCGGAGCACAAAGACACGAAUGGGAGUAGCAGUCCCUGAGAGCUCAGCGGAUAUUUAUCUGUCGUCUUUUUCAGUUAAUAUUUCGGUGCUACAAGAAGAAACUGAAACCUUGGCAUCUGGACAGCACUGAAAAACUCCGCGAAGCGCGUGGAUCGUUGGCCGGGAAGUUGAGGGAGUGAGAGAAGUGAUCGACGAAGAGUCCAGCCACUGGGAGUUCAGGGUGCACAUGCUGCAGAAACGAGAAUCAGUGCUCGACGAGAUACGCGCGUCGCUAUGAGACCGUGGACGAACAAGUCGCUCGGCUUUGGCAUCUUAGGGCUCUUUCUGGUAGCCCUUGGCAUCUCCAUCUGCUUUUUGUGGCCAAUAUUUUUCCAUCAUAUAAUUCAAAAAGGAUUGGCUCUAUCGCCGACUUCUAACAGCUUUAAAAUAUGGUAUGACACUAGCGAAUUACCGCCGAUGUUCUUGGAGGUAUACCUCUUUAAUUGGACCAAUCCGGAAGAACUUGGUAAAGAGAAGCCGCAUUACGAUCAAAUUGGCCCUUACUGUUUCAGAGAAGUGAGGCAAAAGGAUAACAUUACGUUUCAUCAUGAAAAUAAAACUGUUAGCUAUUUUCAACGACGAUUAUGGUAUUUCGAUGCAGAACGCAGCAAUGGAACUCUCAACGACACUGUCAGCCAGUUGGACGUGGUCGCUGCAUCGGCAGCGCACAAAAUUCGAUUCUGGCAUUACGACUUCCAAAACUCCUUAUCCUUCCUUUUAUCAAACAAGAAGCUCUUUACCAUCAAAACGGUGGACGAACUACUAUUUACUGGUUAUACCGAUAACAUACUUGCGUUGGGUAAGAUGAUGAUGCAAGACUCCGAAAUACCGACUUUUGAUCGUUUCGGCUGGUUCUACAUGAGAAAUGGCAGCACCAUGUUUGAUGGACACUUCAAUAUGGAAACAGGCGAGGAUGACAUCAGCCAAUUGGGUAUCCUGAGAAAAUGGAAUUAUAAAGAUACGACGAAAUUCUACAAGACUCCUUGCAAUCUCAUUGAAGGCAGUGCGGGUGAAUUUUGGCCACCUGGCAGGACGAAGGAUGACAUCAUUCUGUUUAGCUCAGAUUUAUGCCGUCCGCUAGUCUACGAAUACGAAGAAACGACUUCUCACUUUGAUAUCGAAGGUUAUCGAUACGCUAUUGGUGGAAAAACUUUAGGCAAUUCCACGAGACGACGUUAUCCUCAUGAUCAAGCGAAAUUUUUCGAACCAACCACGACCACAGAGGACUUCUUUGUAGCCGAGCAUACGACCGUCUUUGAGCCCACUGCCACUACUUUUAAUAAUAAUUAUUCAUCCGAGAACACGGACGAAUAUCUCAACAAUGAUCCGGAUGUUAUUAACAUGGGCAAUUGUUAUUGUAAUGGCGAGUGUACACCAUCGGGUUUGUUAAAUAUAACAGCAUGUCGUUACGGAGCGCCGGUCUUCAUUAGCUUACCUCACUUUUACAAGGCUGAUCCAACCGUUCUUGAUGCGAUCGAUGGAUUGAGCCCCAAUGAGGAUCACAGCUUCUCCAUCACUCUAGAACCCAUAACAGGAAUUCCUUUGGAAGUAUCAGCUGUAUUUCAAGUUAAUAUACACUUACAUUCAUCGGAAAUUAUAGAACUUUUCCACAAAGUACCAAACAUCUACAUGCCAAUGUUAUGGUUCAAAUUAAAAGUGGAAAUUACCGAAGAAAUGGCGUCUAAUUUAAGAAUGUUACUAGCACUUCCAACCAUGAUGUUGUGUAGUAGUAUAGUUAUGAUAAUCGUUGGACUAUGUUUGAUUGCCGGCAUGGUGCUUCGUUAUUUCGGAAAGAAACGACACAUGCCUUCAACGGAAGUCACGAUGGAGAAAAUGAUCGAUAAUUCUGAUUGUGAGAAAAAAGCGGAAAUGGUGUACAUGGAUAAAACGAGUAACAACGAGGAUAGUAACAUCAAAACCGAUCGCCGUUUGUACGCGAAACAGUAAGUGUUUCUUCAGGAAACUAUGCUUCUGGAACGGAUAUGCAAAUCGUUGUACAAGUGUGCAAUCGUGAGGCAACUUUGACAUGUGAAGUUGUUGUUAUGCAAAUGAAUUUUCAUGUGUCUUUAGUCUGAUUUGAUAACAACUGGACUUAUAUAUUCUAAGAUAUAAAUUUUUAUUUAAACGUAAAAACGUUAUUUAAAAGUAUAAACGCCAAUAGGAUAUUUGCAUAUGAUUGAUACUAACGAUCUGCGAAAUUUAAUAACUAGAAAAAUCGCAGAUAAUUAUAAAAUAAGCUUCUAAUGGUUAUAAUGAUGAUAAUAUGUUUGAUAUUGAUGUGAACAAAUUACACUUCGAUUCCUUAGCUCGAAGGUAAUAAAUUUAUAUGAUAAUAAAGUAGCGUUAUGUUCUAACCACGAGCUAAAAUAUUUCCGAUCGAAGUGUAAUUUUGAAUACAUAAUAGAUAAAGCAUGACAGCGAAUAUGCUGAAAGACGCAUAUAGGAUGACUUUUUCGAAUGAUUAUCAUAAUUUUUGUAGAAAAAGAAAUACGGAUAAAUUUUCCACCUUUUUAUUCGUUUUAGAGAUCAUAUUCGCUACAAAUGUUGAAUUCAUCGUGAUUGUUACAUUCCUACGACAUAUAGAUAUAGAUGGAAUGAUAUUAUCAUUUUGAAAAAUUGGUUCGUCUAAGACUGACGUUAUUUUAUUAAAGCUUUAAUUAUUUCCUUCUCAAUCUAUUACUUUCAUACAUGUGUUUUCGAUUAAAAUAUACAAUUGACCAAUCAA